AUGACUAGUGAUGAUCAGUUCUUCUUUGACUAUCUUGCGCAAAUUCCAAAUGACGUAAGGAGAUACAGCGAGCAGGUCGCCGACUCGAUUAAUCGACAUGUCGACCAUGCUGCAGACGCGGUCCGGAACACACUUUCUCAUCAAUCGUGGCUGCCGUCGAGUGUCAGGCCAUCACCAGCAUUCCGUCCUUUCUCUCCUCGGCCACAGUCGCUAUAUGAUCGCGUGCACGACUGGGCUAUCCGAAACCGAGCAUGGAGCGCCGCUAUACUAGCUUUCGUGGGGACGACCGGCGUCCUCUACUUUGGGAGUAAGAAGCUGAGGGCCAAGCGACGGAAGGCGAAGAGGUCUGCAAACGGUGCUCGGAAGGAGAUAAUAGUUGUUGCUGGGUCGCCCCAUGAGCCGAUGACUAGGUCGAUAGCGGCGGACUUGGAUCGCCGUGGGUAUAUCGUUUAUAUCACCGUAUCCUCCGCAGAAGAAGAACAACUCGUCCGCGCAGAGAAUCGACCAGACAUACGGCCACUGUGGCUGGACCUGGCGACACUUCCUUCGUCACCGUCGGAAAUACACUCUUCUUUGAACGAAAUCCACACGCUCAUCACACAACCGCAUGCUCCAAUGCCUGGCGUCCCGCCCCAUGUCUGUCAGCUGAGCGGGCUUAUACUAGUCCCCUCGCCAAAGUUUGCAGCAGGGCCCGUUGCUACAAUUCCGCCGUCAUCAUGGGUUGACACUAUUAACACGCGCCUCCUCUCACCUAUCCUAACUACCCAGCUCUUUUUACCUCUUCUUACGCUUCGCAACACUAAUAGCACCAUAAUUCUUGUCUACCCAUCGAUAUCGUCGUCUCUCUCAGCGCCGUUUGCUGGACCUGAAGUGACUACAGCGCGCGCAUUAGUAGGCUUUGCGACAUCACUCAGAAGGGAAUUGAGCCUUUUGCACCAUAACAAUGUCGAUUUGGUGGAAUUGAAACUUGGAAAUAUCGACCUCGGACCACAAUACCGGGCACCAAAUAGUCAUAUUGCAGGAACCGAAGUCCUCACCUGGAGCGUUCAACAGCGGGCGCUGUAUGGACCCCAGUACCUCAACAGCAUUGAGCAACGACCGGUAGCCUCUGCUGGGCCCGGCUUUGUACGAGGAUCGCCGGCCAGGGCCCUCCACAACGCAUUGCUCGAUGCAUUGGAACCUACAUCUAAAAACAUUUUUGGAAAACGAGCAGCAAGGAAACCUGUCAGGUACGCUGGAAGAGGCGCACGGACAUACCACUUAAUUGGCCAGUGGACGCCCCCGGGCUUGGUUGGAUGGAUGUUAGGUCUGCGAACAGGCUAUGCCACCCCUGUCGAGAGCGCCAGCGGGAGUGGCAGCGAGACUGGAUGGGAAAAAAUUGACCGGUAG